UGAAACGCUUCACUCUGUCAAAGCGCUGGAUUGUCUUAGGCUAUUACAUUGUGCUGACUUAUGUGUAGAUAUGGACACCAAUUUAUAUUCCAGUUAAUAUAGACCUCAGGUAGUGUAAACAAGAUGGAGACUCUCACCGACAAGCGAGUCCUGUUUCCAGCUGCUGUCGCCGUACGACUGGCGCUGGUGUUUUACGGAGACUUCCAGGACAAAAACAUGCUUGUCAAGUACACUGACAUCGACUAUCAUGUAUUUACUGACGCUGCAAGGUUCAUCGUCAAGGGAGAAUCACCGUACAACAGGUCCACAUAUCGCUACACUCCUCUCCUCGCCUGGCUACUCACUCCUAACAUCUUCCUUGGUGUGGCGUUCGGAAAGCUCCUCUUCAUCAUCUGCGAUGUUCUCUCUGGAAUUCUGAUGUACAGAAUCCUCCGGAUGCAGGAUCUGGAUUGUAAGUCAGCCUGUCGGGUUUGCUCCCUUUGGCUCCUUAAUCCACUGCCCAUUGGGGUCUCCAGCAGGGGGAAUGCAGAGUCCAUUCUGGUUGUUUUGGUGCUGGGUACUUUGAAUUAUUUGGAACGUCGCUGUCUGUUGAGUGCUGCUGUUCUUUAUGGCCUGUCUGUCCAUAUGAAGAUCUACCCAAUUACAUAUUGUUUACCCAUCAUCUUGACUCUGCGUAGCACCGACACCAGCAAAAACAACGACCAGUGGUGGAGGAAGAUCAGGAGAUUCUGUAUCGGUUUCUUCAGCAGAGAGCUGCUUCUUUUUGCCAGUGUGUCUGCUGGAGUCUUCUUCAGUCUCACUGCCUAUUUUUACCACAUCUAUGGCUACGAAUUUCUGCAUGAGACCUACUUGUACCAUUUAACCAGGCGGGAUAUCCGGCACAACUUCUCACCAUACUUCUACAUGCUCUACCUCACUGCGGACAGCAGGUGGAGCAGGUAUCUUGGCCUUGCAGCAUUCCUGCCUCAGUUAGUCCUGCUGCUUGUGGCAUCCUGGGCUUUCCACCGUGACCUGGCUUUCUGCUGCUUCCUGCACACUGCCAUCUUUGUGUCCUUCAACAAAGUCUGCACCUCACAGUACUUCCUGUGGUACUUGUGCUUCCUUCCUUUGGUCAUCCCGAAGCUCACCCUUUCACUCAAGCAGGGGAUCGGACUGUUGUUGCUGUGGUUUAUUGGUCAGGGCGUGUGGCUGGGCUCUGCCUACCUGCUGGAGUUUGAAGGUUACAGCGCCUUCCUUGGGCUCUGGCUGGCUGGACUCUUCUUCCUGAUGGUCAACUGCUUCAUCUUGGUGCAGGUGGUGACACAUUACAAGCCCACACAAACCACAAACAGACAGAAAGUAGAAUGAUACUGUGGGAUGACACCAUCAUGUUUCAUAUUGCAAAUGUGUUUGAUAUGUAUUUUGACUCCUGUGUAUGGCGCCAUGGCAUGUGAACUAGCGAGCAAUGUAAAUGAGCUUCUGCUUUAUCAGCCACUGUGAUGUACAGACACCUACACAUUACAUCAUUGUAAUGCCACUACAAACCCAUGUGCUGCUCUCUUCAAGCAUUUUACAAGCUGAAAUCAUGUUUUAGCCUUGGGGUAUGUAUUUUUGCUCACAUGAUCUUAGUCAGGUCUUUUUGUAACAAAUUGUCGCACAUCUUUGUCGGUUCUCUUUGCUGUACACACAUUUCAAAGUCAAAAAGUAACUAGCAGGAAUCUGGAGUUGAUGUCCGAUGACCAGCAAAGCUUACGACACAUCAGACAGUUAAAGUUGGAAAUAUUGGAAACUGUCACUGUGUGUAAUAUCUCGCUAUAUCUUGAACAGAUCCCCUAUCAAAAGCCAUUUCCACCCCUCUGUAACCAGUCUUCAUUCACCCUUAGCUACAGUGAUUAAAUAAACUGAACUGAAAGUGAUACAGCACACUGGCUCCUUUUCGACAUUAGACCUCCUCCAACCUUCAACUGUUACUCCUUGGAACUUAAAUUUAUAUUAAAGAUCUUAUAUACCCUAUUUUUCUCCGAUAAUCAUUUCUUCUUUCUAAUGGAUAAUUUUUCCUGUUUUAGUGUGCCUUUUAAUGGAACCCUUUCAGUUUUUGCUUUUCACAUUUUCAUCAUCUUGUGUCAUUUUUUUAUAAAUUUCAAAAUAUUUCUCGACCAAUUGCAAACUUUUUCUUUUGGAAAUUGCCUUUCCUAAAUGUCAUCUCCCCUCAGAUUAUCUCCCUCUCAAGCACAGAUCCUUAUAAACUUCAAUUUCAUUGACUAUAAAAAAGUAGCGCUGCAGAUUUGAUGAAGCUAGAGCGUCGUCUACUUGGUAAAUUGCCGCUGUCUGUGCACUAGGUGGCAGUAUUCUGCAAGAGAUGGCGCAGAUUGCUGCGCUGUCCUCAAGUAACCCGCUUAGAUUAAUCAGUCAAGUCGAGCAUGAACGACUCAAAACAAACACUGCUGGCAGUGGCUCCGUAAUCUCACUGUACUUGCCCCUAAUCCCAGAUGAAAAUCAUCCGAGCGUUCACGUUGGUCCUGUAGAUUUUUUUCUCUUUUUUUGGCUCUGGCCUAUGAUGCUUAUUGCUGUGGUUCAUGAUACUAUUGACGUGUGUACAUCAUCCCCCGUGAAGUCUGGGGGCGCAGAAGUUCAUUCCAGGGCUUCAAGAAUUGGUUGAUGCGGGAGAAGUGCGAAUUAAAAACAAAUUUGUCAAUUGUCUGAGUUCAGUGGAUACAGUGAUUUAACGAAUAAUUUUCCUACUAUUGCAGUGAUAUUCCCCAUGUAGGCAAUUCUUCCCUCAUAUUCACGUUUUAUUGCUCAUAAUUUUUAACAUUUUAUUUUCAAAUGAGAAAAAAAUGUUUUUAAGAUACAAUAUCAGUCAUGUUUGUCAUUUUAUAUGACCCACUCCCUGAUUUCACAACAUCCCUUGUUUAUGGCCUGUCGAUAAAGCACUCAUACUACACCUCCCAUAAUGCUCUGCCACAGUUGCCAUCCGGCAGACGGUUCCGUAGCAUCCGAUGCAGAACCACCAGAUUCAGGAAUAGUUUCGUUCCUGGUGCUGUCAGGCUGCUGAAUGUUAGACAGUAGCUGCAAUACUGUUUAUUUGUUUAUUUGUACAUCUUCUGGACUAGUAUUUAUCUAAUAUUUAUUUAUUUUUGGACAUAGUUUUGUUUUUGGAAACCGGAGGCCUCAGACCGAAAUUUCGUUGCCAUAAUAUAAUGAUAUGUUUGUGUGCAAUGACAUGAAGUUGGAGCUUAUUGUGGUGAACAUGACCAUUUAGAUUG